CCCACAGAAGAUUAGCUUUGAAACCGGUCAGAUCGAUUUCUCUCUCUCUCUCUCGCUCGAUAUCGGAGCCGCCAUGGAUCUUCAUCGGAGCACGAUUGUAUUGUUAAUCCUUUCAAUUCUAUCUCCGGUGACGAUCUCUAUGCGAUACGAGCUGACUUCUGGUCACACGAAAUGCAUCUCAGAGGAGAUUCACGCAAACGCAAUGACCGUCGGAAAAUACAGCGUCGUAAACCAUAACGAAGAUGAUCAUCAUCCUCUUCCUCCUUCCCAUAAAGUCACCGUUAGGGUCACAACGCCGAAAGGAUUGGCUUAUCACGAAGCGGACGGUGUAGAGUCGGGACAGUUCUCGUUUACAGCGAUCGAUACAGGGGAUUAUAUAUCUUGCUUCACCGCCGUUGAUCACAAACCGGAGACCACGCUGACCAUUGACUUUGAUUGGAGGACCGGUAUCCAUACCAAGGAUUGGUCUACUGUGGCUAAGAAGAGCCAAGUUGAAACGAUGGAGAUGGAGGUUAAAAAGUUAUUUGACACCGUGAAUUCCAUCCACGACGAGAUGUUCUAUCUCCGCGACAGGGAAGAAGAAAUGCAGAAUCUGAACAUAUCGACGAAUUCGAAGAUGGCAUGGUUGAGUUUUGUAUCGCUUGCAGUUUGUUUAUCGGUCGCAGGUCUUCAGUUUUGGCACUUGAAGACAUUCUUCCAGAAAAAGAAGCUCAUCUAAAUUGUAUUCAAAACCCUGAGACUAUAGCGUUAUAUAACACAACUGAUUUCAUUUUUGUCGUACCAAUUCAUUUUCUUACUGGAUGUUUCGGAUAUAGACAAUUUAAUACUGUCUGAUAUGAUCGUAACAUUCUCAUUAA